AAUUUAUUUAUAGGAAAAAACUAUUAUUUUGGGGUUUGCGUUAGUGUUAGCCUCUAUUUAGGAUUUUCAAAAAUAUUCGAUUUUUCCCUUUUUAAGUGCAAACCACACCUAGUGAUUACAGAUAUUAUCUUUCUCUCUAUUGAUUUUCAAAGUUGUAAUUUCUCCCAUGGUAAACGUAUAGGCAAUUCAAUUGCCCAUUUUCUAACUAGAAAGGCUAAUUCUAGCAAUGAGCUACAGUUUUGGAUUGAUUACCGUCCUGAUGACAUAGCUCUUUUUGUAAUUCGCUUUGUAAUUUUUCUUUCUUGAAAUAAACUUGACCUGUUAGGUCUGGAUACUAGAAAAAAAGUGCAAACCACACCUAACACUGUUUGUAUUCCUUUUCCUAACUUCUUUUAGUUACCACAAUACAGUCCCACAAUAAUUAUAUUAUGGAAAUUAUAUGCGUCGAGACAUUAUUUAGGUAGAAAAUAAUAGAUGGAUAAUAGUCAGAGAUGGAAAAGAAAGGAGAAAAAGAUUUGGAGCCGGAAAAUUUUCUAACAGGUGUGAUUUAUUUUUGGGGGAAAUUAAAUACUUUGGGGCAUUAACUCAAACCUCCCAGACAGAUUUUUUAUUUUACCCUUUAUUUAUUUUUGUUUAGAAAAAUAUAGAUAAACAGCAAUUACUACUUUGAACUGACAAGUGAGAAGUGAGUAGUUAGGACAUAAGACGUAGUUACAACUUACAAGCACAAGUCCCUAUAACUAUAAGUGCCACAAACUACAUAUAUAGCACGAUAGUGUACUGCUAUGAAGCCACAUAUCUUAAUUUGUUUGCUGCCAUGAAGCCACUUUUUGCUUCCUCCGUUUUGUUCUUCCUUGUAAUAAUAUUCAUAGCUCCUACUCUCACCCUGUCUGUUACCAUUGAUCAUCACCUCGAAAACUACAACCAAAUGGAGCUCCCUGGUGCAGUUGGCCCUGAAAGUAUAGCCUUUGAUUGCCAUGGAAAAGGACCAUAUGUGGGGGUCUCAGAUGGUAGAAUCCUCAAGUGGCAAGGAAUACAUUUAGGUUGGAAAGAGUUUGCCAUCGUCUCUGCAAACAGGGAUAGGGAGCUUUGUGAUGGCUCAACCAAGCUCGAGAAUGAACCAAAGUGUGGAAGACCACUAGGCCUCAAAUUCAACCCUGCAACUUGUGAUCUUUAUAUUGCAGAUGCCUACUUUGGGCUCUUAAUGGUAGAACCCCAUGGCGGUGUGGCCAAACGACUUGCCACUUCUGCUGAAGAAGUCCCCUUUCGAUUCACAAAUGCUUUGGACAUCGACACCAAAACUGGAGUUGUUUAUUUUACUGACAGUAGCAUUUUUUUUCAAAGAAGGGUAUGGUUACUUGUAAUCCUAAGCGGAGACAAAACAGGCAGGUUGAUGAAGUACGACCCACGUACCAAAGAAGUGAGUGUGUUGCUGAAUGGCUUAGCAUUUCCAAAUGGUGUGGCUCUAAGCAAGGACAACUCCUACCUUGUACUUGCGGAGAGUGGCAAAUUCAGAAUUCUAAGGUUUUGGCUUAGAGGCUCCAAGACCAAGAGUCAUUCUUCAGAGGUAUUUGCUCAACUUAGAAGAUGCCCAGAUAACAUUAAGAGAACCAGGAAGGGAGAGUUUUGGGUGGGAUUGAAUAGUGGAAGAGAGAUCAUAAAUAAUCUAGGUUGUCACAUAAUUAAUCUACAAAAUGAAAAUUUGUCCUUACGGUUGAUAAAAGAUCCAGUGGCAACCAAAUUUGAUAAAGAUGGAAAGGUGAUAGACGUGUUGGAUGGAAAUGGUGGUAAUGCAUUUGACUCAGUAAGUGAAGUUGAAGAAUUUAAUGGCAGACUGUGGAUAGGGUCCUCAGUGAAGCCUUACCUUGUUAUCGUCAAACUUUAGAUAUUUCUUUGCUUUACAGGAUGAUUUAUGAUUAUGAUUAUGAUUAUACAUCAUACAUACAUAUAUAUGGAGUACUUACUUAAAACUCCACUGGUGUGCUAUCGCAGGAAACCAAAAAUAAAACCUAUACUCCUAAAAAUAUAUGUAGUAGUGCGAGUAAGGAUCAUUCCCA